AUGGCUGAGGAAGGGAACAGGAGGGCAAAUCGGGACAACGCUCCCCAACUUCAAGAUGGGCCGAUUGGACACGCUCGUGAACGUCGCGAUCGAAAUCGUCGCCUAAGAGAGGAGGCUGCUGCUGCUCAAGCUGAGCCAAAUCGGGACAACCCUCCCCAACUUCAAGAUGGGCCGAUUGGACACGCUCGAGAUCGUCGCGAUCGAAAUCGUCGCCUCCAACUCCAAAGAGAGGAGGCUGCUCAGCUUGCUGCUGCUCCAGCUGAGCCACCUGUUGCUGAGCCACUUGUUGCUGCCCCAGUUGCGCCCCCUAUGGCUGCCCCAGCUGUGCCCCCUCAAGCUGCGCCACCUAUUGCCCUUCAAGCUGCGCCUCCUUCCGCACAAACUCUUGCUGCAGCCGAAGCCUUUGAUAGAGCUGCUGCUCAACAUUCGGCUGCUACCACUGCGCACCGCAAUGCUGCCGCUGCUGCUGACGCCGCUGCGCAAGCUUUUUCUGUCGCUGCACAGCAAGCUUCCCCUGCAACCGUCGCUGCUGCGGCCGCCGCUGCACAAAAUUUUGCUGUCGCAGCACAGCAAGCUUCUGCUGCCGACGCCGCUGCUGCUGCCGCCGAUUCCAAUGCUGCUGAAAAUUUGCCUAUGGGAGAAAGACACAGAGGGCAUGGGGAAUAG